AUGUCGGAUUUUUCUUGCUUAGAAUCCGUUUUAGGUCACGUUGAUGCUAUUAACGCUGUUGUUGUUUCUCACGACGGCGUCGUUUACACCGCUUCGGCGGACGGGGAAAUAAAAGUUUGGCAUAGAGAAAAAGAUAAGCAUAGUUUGAUUACGACAUUGAGAAAACAUAAGUCAUCAGUGAAUGCCUUAGCUUUGAAUAAGAAGGGAACAUUUUUAUUUUCUGGAGGAUGCGACGAAAAAAUUUUAGUAUGGGAAAAGGAGGAAUGUGCCGAUUAUAUGUUGGCUAAGUGGUCAUUGAAAGGGCAUAAAGGUGCAAUUUUGUGUUUGAUUUAUUUCGAUGGCGUUUUAAUAAGUGGAUCGUCUGAUAGAAGCGUGAGAAUAUGGGAAAAGAGUAGUAGUAAUAAUAAUAAAGAAUGUGGAUAUUAUUGUUCUAUAGUUCUUGAAGGCCAUUGUAAAUCAGUGAAGUCAGUUACAGCAGCUUGGGAUGAUGAAGAAGAUGAAAAUGGAAAUAGUAAUAAUAAUAAUGGGAUUCUUUCUGUGUUUAGUGGAAGCUUGGAUGGAGAAAUUAGAGUUUGGCAGGUUAAUAUUGUUUCAACGUUACGUUAG